AUGAGAUUUGCCCUGUAUUAUCUGCUGCUCCUGGGGUCCAGUUAUGUCAUUUCAACAUAUGGGCCCCAUCAGAGAGCACAGAAGACAGGUGAUAUUCUCCUAGGGGGGCUUUUCCCAAUACACUUCGGUGUUGCAUCUAAAGACCAAGACCUGGCAGCUCGGCCAGAAUCCACACAGUGUGUGAGAUACAAUUUCCGUGGAUUCCGCUGGCUCCAGGCCAUGAUUUUUGCAAUUGAUGAGAUUAACAACAGCAGCACUCUCCUGCCCAACAUCACACUUGGAUACAGGAUCUUUGACACAUGCAACACGGUGUCAAAGGCCCUGGAGGCCACGCUUAGUUUUGUGGCCCAAAAUAAGAUUGAUUCCCUUAAUUUAGAUGAAUUUUGUAACUGCACCGAUCACAUCCCAUCAACUAUCGCAGUAGUAGGAGCAUCUGGAUCUGCGGUCUCCACAGCAGUUGCAAAUUUACUGAGCCUCUUUUACAUUCCCCAGAUCAGCUACGCCUCUUCCAGUCGUCUACUGAGCAACAAGAACCAGUACAAGUCCUUCAUGAGAACCAUUCCCAUAGACGAGUACCAGGCCACUGCCAUGGCAGACGUCAUCGAGUACUUCCAGUGGAACUGGGUCAUUGCAGUGGCCUCGGAUGAUGAUUAUGGACGCCCAGGGAUUGAAAAGUUUGAGAAAGAGAUGGAAGAGCGAGACAUUUGCAUUCAUUUGAAUGAACUUAUUUCUCAGUACUUUGAGGAUCACGAAAUCCAAGCCCUGGUUGACAGGAUUGAGAACUCCACCGCUAAAGUAAUCGUAGUCUUUGCCAGUGGUCCUGAUGUUGAGCCCCUAAUCAAAGAGAUGGUCAGGCGAAACAUCACUGACCGCAUCUGGUUAGCCAGUGAGGCUUGGGCUAGCUCCUCCCUCAUUGCCAGACCAGAGUAUCUUGAUGUUAUGGCUGGCACUAUUGGAUUUGCUCUGAGGGCAGGGCACAUACCUGGCUUCAGGGAGUUCUUACAACAAGUCCAGCCAAAAAAAUCGAGUCAUAAUGAAUUUGUCAGGGAGUUUUGGGAGGAGACCUUCAACUGUUACCUGGAAGACAGCCUGAGGCUCCAAGACAGUGAGAAUGGCAGCACCAGUUCCAGACCACUGUGUACCGGCGAGGAGGAUAUUUUGAGUGUGGAGACCCCAUAUUUGGACUACACACACCUGCGCAUCUCCUACAACGUGUAUGUGGCAGUUUAUUCAAUUGCACAGGCCCUGCAGGACAUACUCACUUGCACACCUGGGAAUGGACUUUUUGCUAACAAUUCCUGUGCAGAUAUAAAGAAAAUGGAGGCAUGGCAGGUCCUGAAGCAGCUCAGACAUCUGAACUACACCAACAGCAUGGGGGAAAAGGUGCACUUUGAUGAGAACGCUGACUUGGUGGGGAACUACACCAUUAUAAACUGGCAGAGGUCUGCUGAGGAUGCCUCGGUGGUGUUUGAGGAGGUUGGAUACUACAACAUGCACUCCAAGAGAGGAGUCAAACUGUUCAUUGACAACACAAAGAUCCUGUGGAAUGGACACAGCUCUGAGGUGCCAUUUUCUAAUUGUAGUGAGGACUGUGAACCUGGAACAAGAAAGGGGAUCAUCGACAGUAUGCCCACAUGCUGCUUUGAAUGCACUGAGUGCUCAGAUGGAGAAUACAGUAACCAUAAAGACGCCAGCGUUUGCUCCAAGUGCCCAAAUAACUCCUGGUCUAAUGGGAACCACACAUUCUGCUUCCUGAAAGAAAUCGAGUUUCUCUCCUGGACGGAGCCUUUUGGGAUAGCUUUGGCCAUAUUUGCAGUGCUGGGCGUCGUCUUGACAGCCUUUGUGAUGGGAGUGUUUGUCAGAUUUCGCAACACCCCGAUCGUGAAGGCCACAAACCGAGAACUGUCCUAUGUCCUCCUGUUCUCACUCAUCUGUUGCUUCUCCAGCUCUCUCAUCUUCAUCGGUGAGCCACAGGACUGGACGUGCCGUUUGCGUCAACCUGCCUUUGGGAUAAGUUUUGUUCUCUGUAUCUCCUGCAUCCUAGUGAAAACCAACAGAGUGCUUUUGGUAUUUGAAGCCAAGAUCCCCACCAGCAUCCAUCGCAAAUGGUGGGGAUUAAACCUACAGUUUCUGCUGGUGUUUCUGUGCACAUUUGUCCAAGUAAUGAUAUGCGUGGUCUGGCUUUACAAUGCCCCUCCUGCAAGCUACAGGAAUCAUGACAUCGAUGAGAUCAUUUUUAUCACCUGCAACGAGGGCUCUAUGAUGGCUCUCGGGUUUCUGAUUGGCUAUACGUGCCUCCUGGCAGCCAUUUGCUUCUUCUUUGCAUUCAAAUCGCGGAAACUACCGGAGAACUUCACCGAGGCCAAGUUCAUCACCUUCAGUAUGCUCAUAUUCUUUAUUGUAUGGAUCUCCUUCAUUCCUGCUUACUUCAGCACGUAUGGCAAGUUUGUGUCAGCAGUGGAGGUCAUUGCUAUUCUGGCAUCCAGCUUUGGGCUGCUGGCUUGCAUCUUCUUCAACAAGGUCUACAUUAUCCUGUUCAAACCCUCCAGGAACACUAUAGAGGAAGUGAGAUGCAGCACUGCAGCCCAUGCAUUCAAAGUGGCUGCCAAGGCUACGCUAAAACACAGCUCUGCUUCAAGAAAAAAGUCCACCAGCACCGGUGGAUCCUCUGCGUCAACUCCCUCCUCUUCCAUCAGCCUCAAGACCAACGGCAAUGACCAAGACUCUACUUCAGGGCAGCAGAGGGGCAACAGGCCAAGGGUGAGCUUCGGGAGUGGGACAGUGACUCUGUCCUUGAGUUUUGAGGAGUCAAGAAGGAAUUCCAUGAUGUGA